AACUCGGAGCGCCGUACGAGGCGCCACAGCGGGACUCGUUUUCCCGCACUCCUCUGCGCGGGCCCUCUUGGGACAGGUCACUGAGUGGCUGAGUAAGUGGGAGGGAACUUGGAUAUAGAAGAGUGGAGUCCAAGUCGUCUGUGAUAGUGGAGUAUCGGCGCUACCGAGGAGCUAAGGGCUGGACACCCAUCCUUCAAGAGCUGGAGGCCAAACUUGGAAUUCAAGUUGAAGGUUCCCUGGAGGAGCUGACUUCCCCCGGGCCCAGUCUGCAGCAGAAGCGACCGAUCCCGACCCCCGUUAAACCCCCCAGGGUUCCUGCCCAAAGAUCUUCGCUGCUCCCACCUCUUCGUUUCUCACGCUCCCGCUCAGGGGUCCCCCUCAGGGCCAAGAGUCGCAGCGAUCCCCGCUUGUUGGGGGGCUGGAUGUGCGCUCCCGCCUGUCUCUGCGAACUUGAGGGAGGCAGCUGAGCCCCGACACCCGCGGAGGGCUUGUGGUCACCCCUGGAGGCUCGCAGCGGAGCGCAGCCCCGGGGUUACCGCUAUGAUCCGCGGUGUCUUCCGCAUGCGGGUGUGGGCCCCGGUGGGCGUCCUGACCUCGCUGACAUACUGCCUUCACCAGCGGAGGGUGGCCCUGGCGGAGCCACAGGAGGCCCACAGCCGGCAUCCCGUCGACCGCAACCUGCUAGAGCUGAAAAUGGUGCAGGUCGUGUUUCGGCACGGGGCUCGGAGCCCUCUCCAGCCGCUCCCGCAGGAGCAGUCACAACAGGUAGAGUGGAACCCCCAGCUAUUAGAGGUCCCUCCCCAAACCCAGUUUGAUUACACAGUCACCAAUCUGGCUGGAGGCCCGAAACCGUGUUCUCCUUUCGACUCUCGAUACCAUGAGACCCCACUGAAGGGGGGCGUGUUUGCUGGGCAGCUGACCAAGGUGGGCAUGCAGCAGAUGUUUGCCCUGGGAGAGAGGCUGAGGAAGAACUAUGUGGAGGACAUCCCCUUUCUUUCACCAACCUUCAACCCACUGGAGGUCUUUGUCCGAUCCACUAACAUAUAUCGGAAUCUGGAGUCUACCCGGUGUUUGCUGGCUGGGCUUUUCCAACGUCAGAAAGAAGGCCCCAUCAUCAUCCAUACUGAUGAAGCAAGCUCUGAAGUCUUAUACCCCAACUACCAAAACUGCUGGAGCCUGAGGCAAAGAACCAGAAGCCGGAGGCAGGCUGCCUCUUUGCAGCCAGGAAUCUCAGAGGAUCUGAAAAAGGUGAAGGAAAGGAUGGGCAUUGGCAGUAGUGAUGAGGUGGACUUCCUCAUGCUCCUGGACAAUGUGGCUGCUGAGCAGGUGCACAGCCUCCCAAGCUGCCCGGCACUGAAGAGAUAUGCCCAGAUGAUUGAGCAGAGAGCUGUGGACACAGCCUUGUACAUGCUACAAAGAGAAGACAGGGAAAGUAUUCAGUUGGCGGUAGGCCCUUUCCUCCACGUCCUGGAGAACAACCUGCUGAGAGCCGUGGACCCUGCCACUCCACCCAGCAAGAUCAGAAAGCUGUACCUCUAUGCAGCUCAUGAUGUGACCCUCAUGCCUCUCUUAAUGGCCCUGGGGAUCUUUGACCACAAAUGGCCCCCGUUUGCUGUUGACCUGACCAUGGAACUCUACCAGCACCAGGAAUCUAAGGAGUGGUUUGUGCGGCUCUCUUACCAUGGGGAGGAGCAGGUGCCAAAAGGAUGCCCUGAAGGGCUCUGCCCACUGGACAAGUUCUUGAAUGCCAUGUCAGCUUACGCCUUAAGUCCAGAAAAAUACCACAGACUUUGCUCCCAGGCACAGGCGAUAGAGCUUGGGGGUACAGAGUGACUGAUUUAUAUAAAUAAGGUUUGUUGAUUUUUAAAAUAAAAUGACAGUUCACAAUGCCUUGGACUGUGUAUGUUUGGUGGGGGAGGCAAGAAUUAAUGUAUAGGAUAAAGGUAUUUCCUCCCUGUAGGAGGUCUCUUCCUGAAAAGAAAAGAGGUGAAAUGUUGAGACCAAAGGGAUAUUUCUCUGUUUUACGGCUGAUUUUCAUCAUCAGAAGUAUUGACAUGUGACACAGGGCUAGGGACAUCAUGACCCUGUAGAAUUGUGUUGUUUUUGGACUUCAGUUCUUUUCUCCUAUCUUCAUUUCACAGACAUCUAUGGAGCACCUACUAAGUUCCAGUUUUAGUUGCCAUGGAGUUGAUUCUGACUCAUGGUGACCCCGUGUGUGUCAGAGUAUAACUGUGCUCCAUAGGGUUUUCAAUGGCUGAUUUUUAGGAAGUAGAUCCGAGUGCCUCAAACCUCCAACCUUUCGGCAGCAGCCGAGUUUGUUAACAGUUUGCAGUACCCGGGAACUCCAACCUAAUAAGCAGUGAUCAUUAUAAAGAUGAAAAGGUUCUGCCCUCAAGUUGUUUCAGUCCAGUGGGAGAGGCAGAUAGUAAAUCGGUGAUUACAAAUGCAGUAUGUGUCAUGCUGUGAUCAAGUUAUGGGAGGGGCUAUUUGGGUGCAAAGAAGAAACCCUCAGCUCUGGGAUGGGGGGAUACAGGUGGCUGGGUAGUGCAGUUGAGGAAGGCUUCUGGGGAGAUUCUGGCCUGAGCCCAGUAGGGAAAGGUGAGUAGGAAUUAGCCAGGUAAGCAUGAAGGGAAGGGUAUGCCAUGUGGGUAAAAGAUAGGCUUGAAGGGCAGGGGACAUUGCUGGGUAGCAAGAUGGGGCCCUGAUGUGGAGGCCCAACAGGAGGAAGCAGAAAGGCUGCUGGGCCACCGGGGGGCUGUGGCUCCAGCAGCAACCUUUGAGGGCUCUGCAGUGGUGGGGUGAAUUGCUGUCAACAUAAGGGCUCUAGAUUUAACUAGGCCCCCAAGGCUGCCUGAUGAUCCCCCUACUUCCUUGUUGACCUUCUCAUUCUUUCCUGGAAUCUGUUUCAAGCACUCUUCAAUCUCAAAGCACCAGUCUCUUCACCUCUCAGAGAAGAUAGCAGUCAGGAAAGCCUCUCCACUUCCUGCUGCCCCAAGCGUACCCACAUCAGAGGAAGAUGUCUGUCCUGUCUGAAUCUGCAUCCUAGCCCCUUUGCCUACUGCCCCUUUGCUCACCUUUGUUUGUUAUCCCUCUACUGACUCCUUCCUAUCAGCUUUAAACCCGUUCAGGAUCUUCCCCUCCUUCAAAAACAUCAAACAUACCGAAAACCUUAACCACCAUGUUCCCUUCCAGCUUCCACCUUCUCCCCUUUGUAGCCAAGCUUCUUCAGAGUGGUCUACAUUCCCUUACUUCCCACUCACUUCGUCUCUAUGUUCUGUUCCCCCUGUUCUCAUACUCCCCAACACUGAACCAGCCAAGGUUGUCACCAGCCAUCUCAUUGCUAAAUCCAGUGGGACUCUUCAGUCCUUAUCCCCCUUUCUGCAACACUGGACACUCCUGACCACUCUUCCUCGACAUGUUCUUCCUUUACCUUGUGUCACCUCACACUCCAGUUUCCUCUUACCUCUCUGACCACACACAUUUUGCCCUCUUUUACUGUCCCUCUGUGUGUUUUCCCUGGGCAUUCUCAUCAGCUCCUAAGGCUUCAGCCACCAUCUUUAUGUUGACACCUCCCAGAUCUAUUUCUCUAGUUCAGGUUUCCCUUCUGAGCUUCAGACACUUAGGCCCACUUGGAUGCCCCAUGUCAAAACCAAAUCCUUCUUCCUUCCCAAGCCUGCUCCUCCCCUAGGCUUCCCUAUCUGAAUGAAAGACACCACCAUUCACCCAGUUGCUAAACCAGAAAUCUGUUCUUUGUCUCCUUCUUCUUGCUUAUCCCUAUGUCUAAUCAGUUAAGUUCUAUCAAUAUCACCUGUUUAUUUCAUGACUCUAUUCACAUCUCUCUAUCCUCAAAUCUCCAAUAUCCCCUCCCACCCUCACUCUCUGCUGAUUGCUGUAUUUCUUAUUUUGCUAAGAAAGUAAAAGCAAUCAGAAGAGAACUUCAUACCCUCUCCACCCCAUCACCAUCACCAAAUCUGCUGACCCAAUUGCUUUGAUACCCAUGUGGCCUGCCUUUUGUCCUGUUACUAAGGAUGAACUGCGCCUAUUCCUAUCCAACCCUCCAGCUUUACAUUGAUUCCUACAAUUAACUUUUUUCUGCAUUGUCUGUUUUCUUUUCCAGUUAUUCCCAUUAGCAUACAAAUAUGUUGUAAAAUUUCCCAUCUUAAAAAUUUUUUUUCCCUACACCUUUGAGCUACUACGCCCUUUUUCUUCUCCACUUUACAGAAAAACUCGAGAGUUGUAUACUUGCCAUCUCUAAUUCCUCCCUUCCCAUUCUUUGAAGCCAACUGUGAUUAGGUAUUUACCCCCACCACUCCCUGGAAGGGGCCCUGGUGGCACAGUGGUAAGCGUUUGGCUAACUAAAAGGUCAGCAGUUCGAAUCCA